ACGCCGAGUGCACCCGUCUCUCUCGCCGUCAUCUCAUCGUAAGCGUGUGGUAUCCGAAAGGGAGGCGGUGUUUGGUGUUCGGCCGUUCGCUGACCACCGGGUGGGGAUAAAUUAACCAGCCGCAGGGUAACGAUAAUCCAGGCGCAUUCGUCGCAACCGUUCUUCCACAGUGCCAGCAGCCGGCUUCGAAAAACGGAUCAUGCUGGUCCUCGUACUGGGCGAUUUGCACGUCCCUCAUCGCUGCCACAGCCUGCCAGCUAAGUUCAAGAAGUUGCUGGUGCCCGGCCGCAUCCAGCACAUCCUGUGCACGGGAAACCUGUGCACCAAGGAGUCGUACGACUACCUAAAGACCCUGGCGAGCGACGUUCACGUCGUGCGAGGCGACUUCGACGAGAACCUCAACUACCCCGAGCAGAAGGUGGUCACCGUGGGCCAGUUUCGCAUCGGUCUCUGCCACGGCCACCAGGUCGUGCCGUGGGGCAAUCCGGACAGCCUGGCCUUGCUUCAGAGACAACUGGACGUUGACGUGCUCAUAUCGGGCCACACGCACCGAUUCGAAGCGUACGAGCACGAGAACAAGUUCUACAUCAACCCGGGAUCGGCAACGGGUGCCUACAACGCGCUCGAGAGCAACGUCAUCCCAUCGUUCGUGCUCAUGGACAUCCAGUCGACCACUGUGGUUACCUACGUCUACCAGCUGAUAGGGGAUGAGGUCAAAGUGGAACGGAUCGAGUAUAAGAAGUCCUAAGUCUUUUCGUCACCCGAUUGAGCGUUGCGCCGUUACGUUCGACAUUCCUACGGACUUCUCUUCUGGAACCAACUCGUUCCCUGAUGACGCCACCGUACCGAAAGGCAAGAGAAAGACAAGAAAGGAAGAAAAAGGCAGUCAGUGUGUGUGUGUGUUUGGGCGCGCGUGCGGCUGCCGUCACGUUUUUCGAUAGUGCUCGAAGAGUCUUAGCUUUUUGCCGGUUUGAUUGCGCCACUGCUGCAACCAAAAUUAAAGAGCUGGCAGACCCGUAUGUGUGUCCUACUCGAAGUUUAUAGUAAGUACUGAAAAAACAAAAAUCACGUCAAAAACAGCUAUUUGCUUACGUAUGCCAGCCUUUCUUUUUAAUGUGCAGUUUUAUUGUUAUAGAAAAUGCAUGCUCAAGCAAAUAUGCCUGCAAUCAGGAUAAUUAGUGAUAACAAUAACAAUGUAUUCAGUUUUCUUUCUCAGUGCUUCUGUAUGUAUAUAUGCAAAUGUUCAUUGAUUUCCUAUACCUUUUGUUCCCUUCAGUUGCUGUCACUUUGUUAGAUGUGUACAUUGAGAUUUCCGCUUUAAUAAAGGAAAUUCCGGUUUAUUA